UCCAGAUAUAAGAAUGGAUGGAAGCUCCACUACAGGAAUGCUGUCUUCAUUAGCAACUUAUGCGGACUCAGAUGAAGAGAUCGGAAACACACCUACAAAUCAGGCUACAGAAGGCGUGGCUGAAGUGAUUAUAAAUAAUGUCGACGACCGGAAUUCUAUUGAACUUGAUGGUAAAAACAUUGAAGAGAUGAGCGAAAAUGCCUCAGUAAUGGGAAAACCAGAGGGUGGUAGUCAAGGCGGAGAGUACAACAUGCUUCCUAGUGAAUUUGAUAGUGAUUAUGAUAGAGAUUUUUCAGACGAAGAGGAGGAACGGCGUCGAAGCAAAGGAGGGAUACUUGUGUCGUAUACAGAGCCAGGCGAAGACCACGAUGAUGAAGCAGGCAAUGCGGAAAGCAAAUCAGACGCAGAAAACGCAGCAACAGAUGAAGCUAAGCCAGAAGAAAUUGAACCUGAAAGUCAAGAAUUUAUACCCGAAUGGAUGAAAGGAGUAGAUUUAUCUGAGCCAAAUUCUUUAGCCGCUCUUUUGCAUAAGAUCAAGCCGAAGAGAGAAGAAAUUUGCCUGCCCCCAAGCUGCAAUAAGAAAUGUUCACUGGAGCUACAAGAGAAAUUUGAAAGGCAUCACGCAGCGGUGAGGUCGGGUAAAGAUUUCAUCAAAUUGGUUGAGUCGAAAACCGAGUACAGAAAUCCGAGUAUCUACGAGAAAUUAAUUCAGCAUCUUCAUAUCAAUGAAAAAGGUACAAACUUUCCCAAGAGUGUUUUCAACCCUAGAGGUUUUCCAAGAACUGCCUAUUACGACGAAUUAGCUCGGAUCCAAAACGAACUACAUGCGAAGAAGCAGCAACAGAAGAACAAUAGUCCUCAAACUACCACUGGGUUUAACGCAGUUCAAAGUGCCAAUACAACUAGCAACGCAGCAUCUACAGUAAUUUAUUCGGAUAAAGUGAUAGACAUGAAGCGACCGGUAGGUGGGGGAUCUGGCGCGGCCGAUGAUGCAGCUUCUCGGAAGACCAAAUGGGACAUGCCUCCUCCCUCGCUUUCUGGAUCCACUUCAAGUACAGUGGCCUCCUCUACCCUUAUUCCAGCAUCUGGACCCUUAAAGAAACCGAAGAUAGAUCUUUGAAAAGUUUAAUUGAUGCUUAAAAUUUAUUGAAGCCGACACCAGAUAACUUCGGACACCAGAUUGCGUGAAAUGGAGAGAUUCUUUGCGAACUGGGAGAUCAGAGUUGCCCUGGCUAUGAACAUUUAUUUGUUUGCCCCAUUUUUCUUUGUGUUGGCAUGCCUAGAAAUUUCAAAUUGGGUUUUUGUUUGCCAAUGAACUGAAUAAGAUAAUUCAUUUUGGUUUUCUAAUUAAAUCUGACACGUCUCAGUAUUUUUUUUGCUGUAAACUUCAAUUUGAGGUCAAACUCCGGAUGAUCUCUGUUUGAUGUAUUUUUUGUUUUCAUAUAAAAUAUUAUCUUAUCAAA